AUGGGAGAGAAAGCCUGUAAGACAUGUAGCAUGGGAGAGAAUGCUUGCAAGACAUGCAGCAUGGGAGAGAAAGCUUGUAAGACAUGCAGCAUGGGAGAGAAUGCUUGUAAGACAUGCAGCAUGGGAGAGAAAGCCUGUAAGACAUGCAGCAUGGGAGAGAAAGCUUGUAAGACAUGCAGCAUGGGAGAGAAUGCUUGUAAGACAUGCAGCAUGGGAGAGAAUGCUUGCAAGACAUGCAGCAUGAGAGAGAAUGCUUGUAAGACAUGCAGCAUGGGAGAGAAUGCUUGUAAGACAUGCAGCAUGGGAGAGAAUGCUUGUAAGACAUGCAGCAUGGGAGAGAGAGCCUGUAAGACAUGCAGCAUGGGAGAGAAUGCUCGCAAGACAUGCAGCAUGGGAGAGAAUGCUCGCAAGACAUGCAGCAUGGGAGAGAGAGCCUGUAAGACAUGCAGCAUGGGAGAGAAUGCUUGCAAGACAUGCAGCAUGGGAGAGAAUGCUCGCAAGACAUGCAGCAUGGGAGAGAAUGCUUGCAAGACAUGCAGCAUGGGAGAGAGAGCCUGUAAGACAUGCAGCAUGGGAGAGAAUGCUCGCAAGACAUGCAGCAUGGGAGAGAAUGCUCGCAAGACAUGCAGCAUGGGAGAGAGAGCCUGUAAGACAUGCAGCAUGGGAGAGAAAGCCUGUAAGACAUGCAGCAUGGGAGAGAAAGCUUGUAAGACAUGCAGCAUGGGAGAGAAUGCUUGUAAGACAUGCAGCAUGGGAGAGAAAGCCUGUAAGACAUGCAGCAUGGGAGAGAAAGCUUGUAAGACAUGCAGCAUGGGAGAGAAAGCUUGUAAGACAUGCAGCAUGGGAGAGAAAGCUUGUAAGACAUGCAGCAUGGGAGAGAAUGCUUGUAAGACAUGCAGCAUGGGAGAGAAAGCCUGUAAGACAUGCAGCAUGGGAGAGAAAGCCUGUAAGACAUGCAGCAUGGGAGAGAAAGCCUGUAAGACAUGCAGCAUGGGAGAGAAUGCUUGUAAGACAUGCAGCAUGGGAGAGAAUGCUUGUAAGACAUGCAGCAUGGGAGAGAGAGCCUGUAAGACAUGCAGCAUGAGAGAGAAACCUUGCAAGACAUGCAGCAUGGGAGAGAAUGCUUGCAAGACACAAAGAAAGACACAUGAAUUAGACACUCCAUCUUAA